AUGUCGGAAGAUCUUGGAUUUGAUCCAUCGUUGAAGAAGAAGAAGAAGGUCAAGGCUAAGACCGAAGCGGAGGAUGUGUCCUCCGGAGAGGAGAACCUUGACGACAUGUUUACUUCUCUCAAGAAAAAGAAGAAGAAGGCAAAGGGAACAGAGACUGCCAACCCGGUGGACGAGCUAGCGGACGGACUUGAAGGCCUGAAGCUGAAAAAGAAGAAGAAGAAGAGCACCAAGGUGAGCGAAGCUGACGAUUUCGACAAGCAGUUGGAAGAGGCUGGAAUUACGGCGGAAGAUCAAACACUUGGCACCGGUGAACAAUCACAGCAAACACAAUCACAAGAGCCUUUCAGCAAUACGGUGUUGGCAUAUGAGAACCUUUUAUCGAGAUUCUUCACCAUUCUGAAAGAAAAGAACCCAGAGUUGGCUGGAGGACAGCAAACAAAGCUCAAGAUUCCGCCACCUGAAGUGGCAAGAGAAGGUAAUAAAAAGACUAUGUUCGCCAACGUGCAAACGAUCGCCUCAGUUUUGCAGAGAAACCCAGAACACUUAAUCCAAUAUUUGUUUGCCGAAUUGGGUACCUCUGGUUCCAUCGAUGGAGAAAAGAGACUUAUCAUCAAGGGAAGAUUCCAAGCUAAGAACAUUGAGAGUGUGCUCAGAAGAUAUAUCCAAGAAUACGUUAUUUGCAAGACUUGUAAGUCUAUGAAUACCGAGCUCAAGAGAGAGAGUACAAACAGACUGCAUUUCAUUGUCUGCCAAGCUUGUGGAUCCACCAAGUCUGUUUCGUCCAUUAAGACUGGUUUCCAAGCUCACGUUGGAAGGAGAAAGAGGGUGUAG